AUGAAGUUCACCAACCUCCUGGCCUAUCUCGUCGUCGGCGUCACCGCCGCAGUCGCUUCCCCCGUUCCCCAACCCGAGGCCGCCCUAUCCAACCUUCCCAGCCUCAAUGCCGCGCAAAGCGGUUACGCCAAAUCAAUCAUUGCCAAGGCCAAGGCCGCUGGUGUCCAACGACACGGCUGCCAGGCCGCCAUUGCCACUGGUCUCGUCGAGUCUAAGCUUCUUAUGUACGCCAACAACGCGGUCCCGGCAUCGUUGACGUAUCGUCACGGCGCCAUUAGCUCUGACAACGACUCCGUUGGUAUUUUCCAACAGCGCGCCUCCGUCUACAAGAACAUUGCCUGCAGCAUGGACGCCGGCUGUUCUGCGGGCCAGUUCUUUUCUCAGAUGAAGCGCAUCGGUGGCUGGCAGACUCUGAGCGUUGGCGCUCUGUGCCAAAAGAUCCAGCAGUCUAGUUUCCCCGAUCGCUAUGAGAAGCAAGUUGCUGCUGCUGCGUCAAUUUGCGCCGCUGGCGGCUUGUAA